UAGAUAUGUGGAACGAGAUUUUGGCUAGUAUUGACGAACUCAAGUUAGGAUUUUUUCUGACGAUGAUCGCGGGCUACGGUUUCUACAAAUUUGCAAUGAAAAGGAACGCUGGAGAUGCCGGCGACAGCAUUACGAUUGGUGAAGGUUCUGAUGAGUACAAAAUGGUUCUCGUAAUAAGGAAUGAUUUAAAAAUGGGGAAGGGAAAGGUAGCAGCUCAGUGUGCCCAUGCUGCAGUAGCUGGAUUCGAAGCUGUUCUCAAGUAUCCGAAACUCCUGCAGGAGUGGACGGAAAAUGGACACAAGAAAAUAACUGUCAAGGUGGACAGCCUGGAAGAGCUGGACCAGGUUCACAAAGCAGCGAGAAAAGCAGGGUUGAUUGCUGUCACAAUUUGUGAUGCUGGUCGUACCCAGAUCGCAGCUGGAUCGAAAACCGUUUGCUGCGUUGGGCCAGGUCCUGGUGAAAUAAUUGAUAAAGUAACUGGUCAUUUGAAGUUAUACUGAGACAAUAAAAUUCAGUUCUUUUUUUCUAA